GCUCCGGGCUACGCGAUACAUGCCCCGCGAUCGAUCGCAGCGGAUUCGCGGCUGGAGAGGGCGAGAAAGAGAUUAAAGUGGCGCGGGAAAAUCGAGUUUCACAGCCGAUUGAAAGUCCCCCGCUCCUCGGUCGGCGCGCCAUGUGAAGUCCUCAGUCUGUCGCGAGCCACCAUGACGGAGAUCCGGCAAGGCGCCAAGUCGCCGGAGCUGCUGCGCGACGAGCUCGCGAUCGUCCUCGGCAAGGUCGGCGAUCUGAAGCUCGCCUCCAGAGCCGCGAAGCUGUCCUGCCUGUACUUGAAGCUGAAGCGCAGUCCGCUCGCGGUCAGGCUCAAGAGGAAGGCGUCGCUCGGCCUGGCGGUUUUGGCUCUGGCGUGCGCGCUGCGCUGGGCGAGGACCUAUUACGAGAACGUCAGAUUCGACAGAUGCCUGCUGGAUGUGCCGUCGUUUGCCAGGCAGGUCUUCCGCCCGGCCGAGGACUGCUCGAUUUGCCAGGACGUUCAACAGGUCGAGAAGAUUGCCAGGAUCGAUGCGGAAUUGUUCGAGGAACGCUACGCGUACUCGGGCCGGCCGGUGGUGAUAACCGACGCAGCAGCCGACUGGACGGCCAUGGAGCAGUUCUCGUUCGCGUUCUUGAAGCAGCUGUACGAGGGUCGCGAGGCCGACUGCCAGUUCUUCCCCUACGAGACCGAGUUCCGCAGCUUGCGGGACGUCUUCAACAUGAGCGCCGGUCGUGCGCUGUUACGGGCUGGCACCAGGCCUUGGUACGUCGGAUGGAGCAACUGCGACGAGACGAUAGGGGCGAUUCUCCGGCAGCACUAUCGACGGCCCUAUUUCCUGCCGGACACCGCCGAGAGCGAGAAAACCGACUGGCUGUUCAUGGGCAGUCCCGGCUACGGCGCGCCCAUGCACGUCGACGACGUGGAGUAUCCGUCGUGGCAGGCGCAGAUUCGCGGCCGCAAGAGAUGGAUCCUCGAGCCGCCGCGCGAGUGCCACUACGUCUGCAGACGACUCGAGGUGACCGUCGAUCCUGGAGAAAUCCUCGUGUUGGAUACGAACAAGUGGUACCACCAGACGACGAUCGUCUCCGAGGACAUCAGCAUAACCAUCGGGGCGGAGUACGAUUGAUUUGACCCCUUCCGCUUACGCCGAAGCACCUGUCUCCAUUGGUCUGCUAAUCGUUGGGCAACUUUCAAAGUUUAGCGCUCUGUGGAUUCUACGUGAAAUAGAUGUUCGAUCUUGACGUCGACUAUCGAAGAUGUCGCCGCUGUUGCCAAAAAAAGAGCUUCAUCACUAUGGAAGAUACUCCAAUUUCUUUUUAAUUUCAAGUAGCUGUGACUGUUUAUUUGCUUAAUAAGGGUGAAACGAAUAUUGUAGAUUACUUUGAAACUUUAAUAAAAACGGAUCG